AACUCUAUCACCUCACCUUCCCAUCAUCCCUCUCUUCCCAAGUCUCAGCCCCAAAAUUCUUACUCUCUGACUCUCUCUCUUUCUUUCUCUCUCUACAUUUCCCCAUUUUCUCUCUCUACAAAUUUCCCAUUUUCUCUCUCCUCCAUGAUCAUCCUCUUCCUCCAUUGCUGAUGUCUCUCACUAGAUCAUUCCUUUCACGUCGUUCUUCUUCAAUCCGUUGUUUUUCUCUCUCCUCCAAAUCUCACCGUGAGUCACCGUCAACCACCUCCUUCUCUCUCGCCGCCGGCAACCACCACAACUCCGACGAUGACGCCGACGGUGGACGAUGGUCGACUUUGUUUCCGGAGUUGUUGGCGGAUAUCAUAGCUCGCGUUGAAUCUACCGAAGAUAAAUGGCCGCUUCGUCGAAACGUCGUCGUUUGUGCUUGUGUUUGUAAGAGAUGGAGGGAUGUUACUCGGGAGAUUGUUAAGUCUCCUCUUUCUACUGCUAAGAUCACCUUUCCUUCUUGCCUUAAACAGCCAGGGCCACGUGAAAACCCACUUCAAUGUCUUAUAAAGCGGGACAAGAAAAACUCUACGUUCUAUCUCUAUCUCUCUGUAUCACCAUCAUCUUUUUCAGAAAAGGGGAAAUUCCUCUUAGCCGCAAGAAGAUAUAGACGUGGUGCCCACACCGAGUAUAUCAUAUCACUUGAUGUCGAUGACCUAUCACAAGGAAGUCAAGCGUAUGUUGGGAAGUUAAGUUCGGAUUUUCUUGGUACAAACUUCACAAUAUAUGAUAGUCAGCCACCCCAUGAUGGAGCAAAACCAUCCAGUAGUAGAUCAACUCGUCGGUUUGCUAGCAAACAGAUAAGCCCCCAAGUUUCUGCUGGGAAUUUUGAAGUCGGGCAAAUUUCAUACAAGUUUAACCUCUUGAAAUCAAGAGGUCCCAGAAGGAUGAUUUGCUCCCUUAAAUGCCCUGGGCCGACGGGGACCACCUUGGAUCAGACAGAGGAUGCCAAAACUAAGUUAACAGAGCUGGAUUCUAGUUACACUGUUCUGAGGAACAAAGCUCCAAGGUGGCAUGAGCACUUGCAAUGCUGGUGCUUGAAUUUUCAUGGCCGGGUAACAGUAGCUUCGGUUAAGAACUUUCAACUUGUAGCGACAGUGGAUCAAAGCCAACCAGGUGGAAAAGGUGAUGAAGAGGUAGUUCUCCUCCAGUUUGGAAAAGUAGGAGAUGACACUUUCACCAUGGAUUAUCGCCAGCCACUUUCAGCCUUCCAAGCAUUUGCAAUUUGCCUGACAAGUUUUGGUACAAAACUUGCAUGCGAGUAAGUUGCCGUCUUUGGUGCCUUAUAUCAAUGAAAUGGGUGUCCAUAUAUGUUGUUUAAGUGUAAGUUUAAUAUUUUAUUUAUCCACAAAAAGAAGAAGAGAGAAAAAGAAAAGGAUGUAUAAGAUUUCAUUCUCCUAUGUAGCUCCCUCUUUCUUCAUUUUCGUUCCCAAAUCUGUAUUUUUUCUGCUACAUUUUGUUGGUUAGAUGAAGGAUAAUGUACAUGCCGCCGCGAAUGUAACUUGUAUCUAUACACUCUCAUGUCAAGUGUCUUUAAAAGUGUAGAAUAUAAGCAUGUGCUUUUGCAAGUGAACCUAUCAUUCUUUGCUGAGUA